CUAGGGUUUAACGCAGCGCGGCUAGAUAGUGUAGUGUUGAACGAAAAGCAGAGUUCCAGAAAUUCUACAGGAAACCAAAAGCAACAGCAGUUAUGGCCGAAGCAGACUUCGACCACCACAACUCACCUGAGCACGAGAACCAAAUCAAUGAGAGUAAUACGAAAAAGAAGCACCGCAAGAGAAAAAGAUCCCGUAAAUCGGAACAGAAAGUUGAAAGAGAACAAGAGAAUAAAGAAACCGCAGAAUCCGAGGAGGAAGAGGAGAAGAAUGAUGAACAACAAGAAGACAACAUCGAAGAAGAAGAGAAUAAAGUGGAGAACACGGAGUCGUCUGGAAUUAUGAGCACCGAGACAUUUUCGUCUCUAGGUUUAUCUCAGCCUACUUCUAUGUCUAUUAAUGAUAUGCGUUUCACCCGUAUGACUCAGAUUCAAGCUAAAGCUAUUCCACCGCUAUUGAUGGGAAAAGAUGUUCUUGGUGCUGCAAGAACAGGUGCUGGAAAAACACUUGCGUUUUUAGUUCCGGCUGCUGAAUUGUUGUACAAUGUUCAGUUCACACCUCGUAAUGGAACUGGUGUUGUUGUUAUUUGUCCAACUAGAGAGCUUGCCAUUCAGACACAUGCUGUGGCAAAGGAACUACUCAAGUAUCAUUCACAAACAAUUGGAUUGGUUAUUGGGGGUUCCGGUAGAAAGGGAGAAGCUGAGCGUAUUGUUAAAGGGGUAAAUUUGUUGGUUGCAACGCCUGGUCGUCUUCUUGACCACCUUCAGAAUACUAAAGGAUUCAUAUAUAAAAACUUGAAGUGUCUCAUUGCUGAUGAAGCAGACAGGAUAUUGGAAGCAAACUUUGAGGAAGAAAUGAAGCAGAUCAUUAAUAUACUUCCAAAGAAAAGACAGACGGCUUUGUUUUCAGCCACACAAACAAAGAAGGUUGAAGAUCUUGCCCGCUUGUCUUUCCAGACACCUCCUGUCUAUGUUGAUGUAGAUGAUGGGAGAAAAAAGGUCACAGUUGAAGGAUUGGAACAGGGCUAUGUUGUUGUUCCCUGUGCCCAGCGUUUUGUUGCUCUAUAUACAUUCUUGAAGAGAUUUCAAUCAAAAAAAGUGAUGGUGUUUUUCUCUUCAUGCAACUCUGUCAAAUUCCAUGCCGAUCUUCUUAAGUUCAUUGGAUUAGACUGUUUAAAUAUUCAUGGAAAACAAAAGCAGCAUGCCCGAACAACUACCUUCUUCAACUUCUGCAAAGCAGAAAAUGGGAUCUUGCUCUGUACUGAUGUUGCUGCUCGUGGACUUGACAUACCUGAUGUGGACUGGAUUGUGCAGUAUGAUCCACCCGAUGAACCAAAGGAAUAUAUCCACAGAGUUGGUAGAACUGCUCGUGGGGAAGGUGGAAAAGGAAAUGCUCUACUUUUCCUGAUUCCCGAAGAAUUGCAAUUUCUUCGCUAUUUGAAGGCAGCGAAGAUUCCUGUGAAAGAGUAUGACUUUAAUGAUAAAAAGCUUGCAAAUGUACAAUCACACCUGGAGAAGAUAGUGGGCAGCGUUUAUCAUUUGAACACUUUAGCUAAAGACGCAUAUAGGUCAUAUAUAUUGGCAUAUAAUGCACAUUCUAUGAAGGAAAUAUUCAAUGUUCACCGCCUUGAUUUACAGGCUGUUGCUACUUCAUUCAGUUUUACAAACCCACCGAAGAUAAUUCUCAACAUAGAUAGCAGUGCUUCAAAGCAUAGGAAGAAAAUUCAAAAAGUGGAAGGAGGAAGAAGACGUUGAUUUGACAACUUAUGAACCAUUAUUUGCAGGAGACGUGCUACUACCAAGAAAGUUGUUAGGAAUCCCAAUUUUACAGUGAGAUAGAUUUUGCAGCUUUGUCAAACAUUAAAUUACCAAAGUGAUUCGAAAUUCGAAACUGGAAUGUGUUAUGUGCAAUUUUGAACUGUAAUAUUAUGUUUACAAUCAUACAUUUCCAAUUUAGUUAAUUUUUUUAUAGUAA